AUGGAGACCUUGGAAGGAGGUGAAUUCUGCUUUCCACAGCUGCUGAACAUCUCCUGCAGGAAACCAGUGCAGCAUCAUGCAGAAACUGUAUUCCUUUACAUCCUGCUCUCCUCCAUUUCUCUGCUCACUGUGACUCUCAACCUGCUGGUUGUCAUCUCCAUCUCCCACUUCAGGCAGCUCCACACCUCCACCAACCUCCUCCUCCUCUCUCUGGCUGUAUCAGACUUCCUUGUUGGAUUCGUGCUGAUGCCCAUUCAGAUUCUCCUCAUUGGCGGCUGCUGGGUUUUAGGGAGUUUUGUGUGUGGUUUGUUUUAUUAUGCUUCAUUCAUCCUUACAUCUGCUUCAGUAGGAAACAUGGUGUUAAUAUCUGUCGACCGAUAUGUGGCUAUUUGUGACCCUCUGCAAUAUCCCACUAAAGUCACUCCAAGAAGAGUGAGAGUCUGUGUGUGUCUGUGUUGGGCCUUUUCUGUGUUUUAUAAUGGUUUGAUACUGAAUGACUUUCUAAAACAUCCAGAUCGAUAUAAUUCCUGCUAUGGAGAGUGUAUUGUUGUAAUUGACCCCAUCACAGGAGCUGUUGAUGUCGUUUUAACCUUCAUUGGGCCCAUUACUGUCAUUGUAGUUCUGUAUAUGAGAGUAUUUGUGGUGGCUGUGUCUCAGGCUCGUACCAUGAGAUCACACAUUGCAUCUGUCACACAUCAGCAUUCACAGACUGUAACUGCACUGAAAUCUGAGGUGAAAGCAGCCAGGACUCUUGGGGUUGUCAUAGUUGUGUUUCUGAUAUGCUUCUGUCCUUAUUUUUAUCCUUCUCUUGCAGGUCAGGACAUAUCUACUAGUAUGGCAUUUUCAGUUUUUGGUGUCUGGUUGCUUUAUUUUAACUCCUGUUUAAAUCCAUUGAUCUAUACAUUUUUUUAUCCCUGGUUCAGAAAAUCCAUUAGACUUAUAGUUACUUUUUAUAUCAUGAAGCCGGACUCCUGCAAUGUCAGUCUAAUGUAG